AUGACUGUGCCGUCGCAGAUGAGCUGGGUGUGCAGUAACAAGCACAUUGUCAAUGACAUCAUGUUUUACUCGCAAUAUCUCGCUGCUGUAAUGGGACUGCUCUUCGGCUACGUGGGAGACAUGUGUGGCCGCCGCUGGCAGCAGUUCCUGUGCUUGGCAGCCCACAUGAUCAGCAGGGUCGUGCUGAUUCUCGCACCAUCUAUUCCCAUGUUAUUUGCUGUGGGGGUGUCUCUGGUGGCAGCUGCAAGUGGACCAAUGUUCGAGUCAUCACUGUCUGUCGGACUCGAACUGACAAGCAUCAAGCACCGUACGACUAUCAGCGCCAUGGCGUGCCUUUGUGCAGGAGCUGGAAUGAUGGCGGCUGGCCUGGUGGCGUGGAUCAUGCCCUAUUGGAAUUUUCUCUUCCUCUUUGCUGCAUUAUGUUGUCUUGCAUUGUUUUCAUUUUUCAGGUGGUUCCCCGAGUCGCCGCGCUGGCUGGCCUGCAGGGGGCGCCAGGAGGAGGCGCUCAGCCUGGUGCAGCGCAUCGCGGCCGCCAACGGCACUGCCGUGCCUCCGUUCACUCAGAGGGUGCUACGCAAUGUGGCCAGGAGCAAGCGCGACAGGAAGGGACUGCUCAGCAUUUUCUCCAGCUGGAACCUCUUCAAAAAUACAACAGUACUCGUCAUCGUCAGGUCUGUGCACGUGCUGACGAUGUUCUCGCUGGUGCUGAGAGCGGGAGGUGUCAGCGCCAACCCGUUCGCCUCGGUGGCCGCGCAGGGGGCGGCCCAGCUGCCCGGCUACCUGGCCGUCCGCCACUGUGCGUCCCGCUUCGGCCGCCGCUGGUCCGCUGUCGCAGCUCCUGUGCUGGCCGCUGCCGUUGGUUCUGCCAUCAUUCUCCUCAUGACAGCAGAUGCAUCCGGCACCUCCAUCACCGUGAUGACCAUCAUAAUGCAGUUCUGCACCACGGCUAGUGGUGCUAUAUCCAACCUGCAGAGCCUAGAAGUGCACCCCACGUGUCUGCGGCAGAUCACAGCUUCUGUCGAGUGGACGGCGGGAUCAGUGGAUCGCCGGCUGCCAUUCGCCAUCCUCUCCGCACUGAACCUUCUGGCAGCUUUUGCUGCAUCUUUCCUACCAGAAUCUGCAUUACAGAGAUUGCCUGAAUCUUUGGAGGAUGCCGCGUUCUUUGGCAAAGGCCGCCGCUGCACCCUGCUGGUUGGUCUGUUGAUGGCCGCCCCCGGACUGCUGCAGAUGACUGCUGGUGAUGUGUCGUACUCGCAUAUGUUGCCAUGCCGACCUCGUACGUGGACAACUAAACUGCACCUGGACAAAUCAGAACUGCUGCGGAUGGCAGAAACUGCCUUUCCUCAGCGCUCUGGCCCGAAAGGCUUCAUAUAUGCAAAUCCAUUUCUCUUUUAUUGA